AGUGUAAAACGGUAAUCAGCAACCGCCAUGGCAGCAACAAAGAAAUUCUCAUCUCUCUUCCCUCUGCUCUCUCUCAUCUGCUUCGUCUCAGUCUUUUUACUUCUCUCUCUUUCCAGAAAAGCCUCCAUUUCCUCUUCUCCAACUCAUCCCCAAGUCCUCCAAUUUAAACCCAUCGCCGCCGCCAAUAACAUCGACACCGAUGCCACUGGAUCCGACACGGAUGCGUCGGACGGGUCUUCGUGCGAUUACUCCGACGGGUCGUGGAUCUAUGAUCCGGAUGCCAGAUUCGAUAGGUACGACAGCAGCUGCAAGGAGAUAUUUAAAGGAUGGAACUGCAUUCUGAACAACAAAUCUAACGGUCGAGAUAUCGUUAAGUGGCGAUGGAAGCCUCGGAAUUGCGAUCUCCCGCCGUUUGAUCCCGUCAAGUUUAUUCAUUCUUAUAGAGACACUAACAUUGGGUUUGUUGGGGAUUCCUUAAACAGAAACAUGUUUGUUUCUUUGUUUUGCACUCUGAAACGUGUGUCGGGUGAAGUGAAGAAAUGGCGUCCGGCCGGAGCUGAUCGCGGCUUUACCUUUCUUCAAUAUAAUCUUACAAUUGCAUAUCAUCGAACUAAUCUUUUGGCACGUUAUGGUAGGUGGUCAGCUAAUGGUAAUGGUGGUAAGUUGGAAGCUCUUGGAUAUAAAGAGGGUUAUAGAGUUGAUGUUGAUAUUCCAGAGGGCACGUGGGAAAAGGCUCCAAGCUUCCAUGAUAUACUAAUCUUCAACACAGGACACUGGUGGAGGGCUCCUUCAAAAUUUGACCCUGUCAAGUCACCCAUGCUGUUCUUUGAAAAGGGUCUGCCUGUGAUCCCUCCAGUACCUCCUGAUGUUGGCUUGGAUAAGGUUUUAAAACACAUGAUACGGUUUGUGGAGAAAAACAAGCAACGAGGUGCUAUUAAAUUGUUUCGCACACAAUCACCGAGGCAUUUUGAAGGAGGGGAUUGGGACCAAGGUGGCUCAUGUCAGCGGUUACAGCCUUUGUUACCUGAACAAGUGGAAGAACUCUUCUCAUUGAAGAAUAAUGGGACAAAUUCAGAGGCACGCCUUGUAAAUCAACACCUAUUCAAGGCCCUCAAGGGGUCUAAUUUCCACAUCUUAGAUAUUACCCGUAUGAGUGAAUUCAGAGCAGAUGCCCAUCCAUCCUCAGCCGGAGGAAAGAAACAUGAUGACUGCAUGCAUUGGUGCUUACCGGGAAUUACGGAUACAUGGAAUGACCUAUUUGUAACACAUCUAAACAAUCUUAAAAUUGGAAACUGAUGUACUAUUACUAACAUUAUUUUAUUUAAUUAUUUAACAAAACUGUAUUGCUUAAGUUAUGUGUUUCUGAAGCAAUUUGUUAAUUUUGAUUCAUUUAUGGUGAUGGGUUUAUAGUUAAGCUAA